AUGGCUUAAACCUAGAUUCAAAUGGAGUAGAAAUAACUUAUACAUAAUUCAAUGAGACAGCCUUAUCAAAAAAUAGGAAAUGAAAUCAGAGAAAAAGUGAUUUACGACAUAGUUUUCUAAGAAAAUUCGAUAAAACAAGUAAUCCUUGAAUUUGAUCAUAUAGACAGCUUUAAAAUAUGGUUUGAAGUAUUCUACAGCAAAUGGUAUUGUUUAGACGUAUUAAUAACAAGGAAGAUCAAUGAAAAAGGAUAAGAGAAAUAAGAAACAAUAUUUUAAGAGAAACAAAAUUCUUGUCAUCAUCGAUAUCAAAACUGGUGAUUUGAAUCUCUAUCAAUAACAAACAACAUCUAAUGUAUUAAUUAUAGAAUCCUCAAUUAAUUCCCAUAAUGUAGGUAACUUCAAAUAGCAAGAUUAAUUUCGUCACUCAAAAGAGUGUACUGAAUAAUUCAUCCUUCAGGACAUAGAAUCUAUCUCGAACAAUUUAAUUUUUUGGAUGAAACAGAAUAUGAAAUUUGCAAAUAGCAAAUAUGAUGUUUCAUUUAAUAAUUUCAAAACUCAAAAAAGGAUGACAAAAAGCAAUAGUGUAUUAACAUAAUAGGAAAUUAAGCCUACGUUUUAAUUAAACAAAGCAUUAAAGAAAGAAGGAUUUUAGAGCAAAUGUACAUCUAACUAAUUAAAUUAUGAGAAGAACAAAUAAGAAGAAGAACACAUCAUUUAAGAGCAGUCUGAUUAAAUGAAGAAUUAUAAUGAAUCACCCAUCUUGAAUUUAGAUAAAAAUUAUACGCUAGACAGAUAGUUAGAAAAUAUGCUUAGAUUAUGGAAAUAGUAAAUUUAUUUAAUGUCAUAAUAAUGA